AUGUUCUUUGCUUUUCAAAGGCUUAGUGAAUGUUUUCCAAAUUUCUCCUCAUCGCUUGUAGCGACAAAUGAUUCCAUAGCUAAGGUUGAAAGGGCUGCCUGGAUAGCGAGAUGUCUUAUGUCUGUUUGCGGAGGUGAAAAGAAAAGGUCAAGUCUCGGAGAGGGUGAUUUUGGCGAGUCGUUUAUCAAGAAUGAUCCGGUGCAAACGUUGCGCAAUUUCUCAACGUCAGAAGACAUCGGUCAAAGGUGA